AUAGGGCUGGGCGGGGAAAGACCAGAAUGAAACGGAGAUGGUGUCUGGUGUCGUCGUUGGUAGUAUUCUGUUAGGGGUUUUGACAGCAGGUGCCGUUUGUCAGUGGUAGGACCGAAGUUUGUAGUAACGACUCCCUUAUUAACGGGUUCCCUUCUCCGAGGCGUUUCUGUGGUACUGGCUGGUCCUGCGGAACUGAAUUUAUCAAUGUUGAUAUUUACUUUGCGGAAGGAGCACCGGAGGCGGCUCUUAGCCCUCGUUCUCAUAAUCCUGGUGUUAGUGCUUUACAGGAUCAAUUGGAGUGGCCUUACACCAGCCAAAAUGUCCAGAAGAAAUCUUGGAUUACAGGCUGAAAGUGAAGACUUCACACUGGAAGGGGAGAAGUUCCGGAUUUUUGGAGGAUCCUUACAUUAUUUCCGAGUUCCAAAGCUAUACUGGAGGGAUCGCAUGUUAAAGAUGAAAGCCUGUGGCCUAAACACUUUGACCACGUAUGUUGCGUGGAAUCUUCAUGAACCCCAGCGGGGACAUUUUGACUUUACUGACAAUCUGGAUAUAGUAGAAUUUAUCAAAGUGGCAGAGGAAGUUGGACUGUGGGUUCUUCUUCGUCCGGGUCCAUACAUCUGUUCGGAGUGGGAACUUGGAGGUUUACCCAGCUGGCUGCUGCGAGACCCAGGCAUGAAACUGAGGACCACAUACAAAGGCUUCAUUGAUGCUGUUGAUUCUUUCUUUGAUCAACUACUGUCACUCAUAAUGCCACUUCAGUACAAGAAGGGUGGUCCAAUUAUUGCAUUUCAAGUAGAAAAUGAGUAUGGAGCUUAUGCGAAGGAUCCAAAGUAUUUAACGUAUGUUAAACAGGCUCUCUUAAAGAGGGGAGUGGUGGAGAUGCUUAUGACAUCUGACAGCAAGGAUGGACCUGAGCUUGGUUACAUAGAAGGAGUUCUGGCUGCAAUUAAUUUCAAGAAGCUGGGUCCUGGGCUUGUUUCAUUCCUUGACAAGGUGCAGCCCAAUAAACCAAAGAUGGUAAUGGAAUAUUGGACUGGAUGGUUCGAUUUCUGGGGAGGCCUUCAUCAUGUCUUCAAAGUUGAUGAAAUGAUGGAGAUAGUAGGUGAUAUUUUGCAGAAAGGAUUUUCUAUUAACCUGUACAUGUUCCAUGGCGGCACCAAUUUUGGAUUCAUGAAUGGGGCUACAGACUUCAAUCAGUAUAAACCUCUCAUCACCAGCUAUGAUUAUGAUGCACCACUGUCUGAAGCUGGAGAUUUGACUCUGAAAUACCACAAGCUCAGGGAGCUUUUUCACAAGUACAUAGACAGAGCUCUACCUGACCCACCUCCUCCAUUAGAAAAGGCUGAGUAUAAGUCUAUAGAAAUAACUGGUUAUCUACCACUGCAGGAUACCUUACAAUAUGUAGCACAGCCAAUUUCAUCCAAGUCCCCCAUCAAUAUGGAGAAUCUGCCAUUUAAUAACGGAAAUGGGCAGUCCUAUGGAUAUACACUGUAUGAGACAAUAGUAUCCAGUGGAGGAAAACUGAAUUCUGUUCACGUUCAUGACAGGGCACAGGUGUUUGUUGAUGACAAAUCGGUUGGAAUCCUGGAUUACAACAUUAUAGAAAUAACAGUCCCAGAAGUACAGGGAAACAAAAAACUGAGUGUUUUAGUGGAAAACUGUGGAAGGGUCAACUAUGGUGAAAAAAUUGAUGAGCAGCACAAAGGUCUAGUUGGUGAUAUCUUGCUAAAUGGCAAACCUUUAGAAAACUUCAGGAUCUACGCUUUGGAGAUGCAACCAGAUUUCCUUAAAAAGCUGGGAAGUGCUGAAUGGAAAAAACCUCUUCAAGGACCAUUAUCACCUGGAUUUUUCCGUGCAGUUUUGAAAAUUGAUUCUCAACCACUGGAUACAUUCUUGGCACUACCGGAUUGGGAAAAAGGAGUUGUGUUUGUAAAUGGAAAAAACCUGGGUCGCUACUGGAAUAUAGGACCUGCAAGGACACUCUACCUUCCUGCACCAUGGCUUCAUAAAGGAGAUAAUGAAAUUGUGAUCUUUGAAGAGCACAAAGCUGGGAAAACGGUUCAUUUUCAGCGUCAUCCUGUUUUGGGUGAUAUCACUUAUGAUACUUAAAAAUUCCAGUGACCACAGAGCUCUUUCUAUGCAACUUAAAUAUCUGCGAUUAUCCCUCACUGUAAACAACGUCCUCAGUUUACUUUUUGCAGUUUUGGGGGGAUAUUAAGAACCAUAAGAUAUUCAUGUUGUAAUGACACAGGCUUCCCUCAUUCAUUUAUAAAAUGUAAAAUUUUCACUUUAUUCUGUUGCACUCCUACUCAUCUACUUGUCUAAAAUGAAUUUGUCAUUUUUAUGAAACGUUUUACUGACUAGAGCUCUAAUUAGUUACAAUUUUUUCAGGAAUAAGAAAAAGAUGUUUAUUAGUAAUGUACAUUGUGUUAACAAUAAGGCACAACAGACUGAGCAUUAUUUUGGAUUAAUGCCACGUGUCAGCAGGCGAGCCAUGAGAUAGCACUGAACAUUUAUUUAAAAGUAUGCCUGUAGUGCCACAUUUAAACUGCUCCAUAGUGCCUUACUGUAGUAACAGAUACAGACUUUUUAUCAUGAAAAACUGAGGAUAUCAGGCCUACUCUGCUGUUUUGAAAUAACUAAUAUAAUCACAGUUUAUUAAGCUGGGUGUUGGUUUAACUUCCCCACUUUAAAAUCUGCAGUUUCUAGAUAACUUUUAUUACUUAACCUUAUGAUUGAUUUGUAAUUUCUGAGUUGCAUAAACAUGGGUUUUCUUUCCCAGUGAUGUAUAGCUGUGUCAGUCUGAAGGAGGUAUGGAAAAUGUAAAGUGCCCAAUCAGGAGUAACAAAAUACCACAAGGAUUGUAAGGGCUGUAUUGGUUUCAGCUUGUGCAUGGGGAAAGGGAGGCACAUUCAUGAAAGCAUGAAAAAGACACUGUCUUUGGGUAUCAGUUGAUUGUUUCAUUUUAAUGGUUGAUAAUCAAGUGCUAAUAUUUAGUUGUUUAAUAUUACUGUGUUUUUAUAAUUAUACAUGGAAACAAUGUAAUUUUACUCCAUCAACAUGAAAGUGUAUAGUAAUGCACAUUCCUGAAAGUGUGUUCUGCCGAACUGCAUGCAUUUUAUUAUUUUUCAUUUGUAAUGAAAAAGCUGAUGUGAGUACUAUUUAAAUUCCCCCUCCCCACAUUGCUUCACAUUAAGCCACUUAGUUCUGCUGUUUAAGUUAUUAAAAAAACACCCACAGAAUUUUACUGUUGACAUAAUUUUAAUGCUGUCAGAAAGUGCCAGCUAGUUUCCCAUGAAAAUGCUUUUGCCAUUUGCGAGUAUUGAUCAUUGGUAUGUACUCUGUGUUAGGUAUUUGGCAAGAUACGUAUUCCUGAAUGUGUUUGAAAGCUUUUACAAGACUUUGGGGGGAGAAAAAUAAAGUUAAAAAAGAAAUAUGCAUUUAUAUCAUGGCAUAAUGAUGCUGAGUUCUCUGUAACAGUGAGUCAACUUAUUGCCGAAUUCUGCCAAUGGUAGAGUUACAAAUCUUUCAGUAAUGGACAGUAACUUCAUUGAAUGUGAUCUAUAGAGCAUUUUGUUACUCCCUCCUCUCUGGAACAUUUCCACAAGAUCAAUCUGCCGGUAACUUCGAAUGACUUCUUUGUGUUGCACCUAGAAAAUGCUGGAAGUUUUUUUUUUUUCCCAACUCUGCCAUGUAAAUGGACCAUGCCAGUAAGAAAGGACAAUUGCAGAAUAUUGCCAUACAUCAUUGAUAAUGAAAUUAAGAAAUAUAUUCAAGGAUGACUACUUUGGAAUGUUGGUCUGUAAUGUAGUUGACAGUACCAGGCACAUAGCAGCUAAUGUGAAAAAUUCAGAUGCUUUUCUCAUUAAAUCUUCUGAACAUGUAA